CUGGGAAUCUUCAUUUUCCAUGAACGAUAUCAAAAUGAAGAAUACUAUGCAAGGAUGAGUUCCAUGUAACAUUUUGAUCCGACCGACCGAUCCGAAACUGCCCCCUUGUCUUUCCCGGAUAGGUACUAGGGUAACACGGCCCUUGAGAACUGCAGCUGUACUUACAAGUCACCCUAUUGGGGAAAUAGCACGCGCUGGCUUUUUGCCUCAAUCCCGCGCACUUACAAAGUAAACUUUUUGAAAGUUUGAGUUUAUCGAUCAUCAUGGCGGACUCCAACAAAUACCGGGCUGCGCGGCGGGCAAGAGAGCCGGGCUGGAAGCCGGCAAGUGGGCGAAGAAGGGACGUCGUUCCUGGACGCAAACCGGGCCGGCCGAAAGGUAGUACUACGAAGAAGAAGAGCGCGGCGAUACAAGAACAACUACCCGCGGUGGCAAAAAACGAGCGCAGUGGGCGCAAGCCGACAGAAGGUGAAGCCACGGGCGGCAACGAAGAGAGGAUGUUGAAAACGCCGAAAGUAGAAGAACAAGGAAAUGCAAAUGUUCCGAAGGAAGGCACAAGAAAGGGAUUGGCGGGAAUAAUAAAAAGAAAAACAUCAAAGGCAACGGCGAGAACUACGAAAGAGCGAAAGUGGGAAGUCUAGUGCUGAUCGGUUGCAGAUGAAGUCGAAGAUGUCACUUCCAAAUUCAAAUACGUAAGUAUCCGAUCACAACUCCUUCGACCUAUCCGUGUAGAUAGAAAACGUCGCCAGAGAUCAACGCUCUAACUACGACAGCAGAUGAACUGUAGUGUCACGGUUGUGCAGU